AUGUCUUCUGUUAACACUUCUUCGACCGAUUCUCUUGACGAGUCAUAUGACUAUGUUAUCGUAGGUGGAGGCACCUCGGGGCUCGUCGUAGCCUCAAGGCUUACAGAAGAUCCUCGCGUGCGCGUUGUUGUUUUCGAGGCGGGAGCAAAUCGCUUGGACGAUCAAAGAAUUACUAUACCCGGCCUUGCUCCUUCAAUAUACAACGACCCGGAUUUUGAUUGGGGUUUUCUGAGUGUGCCGCAGGAAAGCCUUGAUGGCAGAGUCAUUGGACAUUCCAUGGGCCGCACGCUUGGCGGAUCCUCUGCUAUCAACCUGGGGAUGCUCGUUUAUCCAGGCAAAGUAACCUUUGAUGCAUGGGAAAAGCUGGGAAACCCAGGCUGGGAUUGGGACUCCUUUGCGCCGUAUCUUCGGAAAUUCCACACCUAUCACGCGCCCUCCGACAAAGUUAAGACUCAACUUGGAAUCGAAGUCAAAGAGCAACUUCAAGGCGGAGAUGGUCCAAUUCAUGCCACUUUUGGUACGGAUUACAUGGCGUACCACGAGGCUUGGACCCCCGCAUUCAAAGCCCACAAUUACGAGUUGACUGGAGAUCCCAUCGAAGGACUCGCCAUAGGACCCUUCGCUGCUGGCGGUACUAUCGAUCCUGCCACCAAGACGCGCAGUCACGCCGGUUCUGCUUAUUACAACGAAGAAGUAGCCAAGCGCCCAAAUCUCCGCGUUGUCACCGAAGCUCUUGUUGAAAAGGUAGUUAUGGAAGGGGAAAGUGCAACCGAAGUUCUCAUAACCGGCAAAGAUGGUGUACAGCGCAAAGUCAAAGCUAGUAGAGAAAUCAUUCUGGCUGCUGGCGCUAUGAAGUCCCCUCAGAUUCUUGAGCUUUCGGGUAUUGGGAAUCCGGAAAUAUUGGAGCCCAAAAGAAUAAAGGUCCUCAUUGAGAACAGCGGUGUUGGAGAAAACUACCAAGACCAUGCACUGUGCCCUCUGAGCUGGGAAGUUGCCGAUGGACAACCCUCUGGUGACAUGGUGCGGAUCCCCGAAGUCGCUGCUGCUGCUAUGGAAGCGUAUCAGACUGCAAAGGCUGGGCCAUUAGGUCAGGUGUCAUUCCUUUCUGCGUAUAUGCCGGUGGUGGACAUGUCGGAAGAAGACACUCGACAGCUUCUCAAGCAAUACUUGCCGAAAAGUAGCAGAAGGGAAGAGCUUCUCAAGGAAAUGCUGCUCAUGCCAAGGGAAGCUUCCGGCCAGUACAGCUUUGUGCCACUCCAGUUGGCGUCUAAGGCCGGCCCGCUUGCGAAAGGAAUCUUUGGCAUGCCAGAGGACGGGAACUACGUGAGCAUAAUCGUCGUGCUCAACCAUCCCUUCUCCCGUGGAUCUGUUCAUAUCAACUCGACAAACCCAACGGACCUGCCAACCGUCGACUCCGGCUACUACAGAAAUGGAAUCGAUAUGGAAAUCACUGCUCGGCACCUGCUGUGGGUCGAGAAGCUGAUGGCCACGGACCCGAUGGCGCCGCUAUUGAAAAAGGGCGGGCGUUGCAUUCACAAUGACAAGCCGGUUGCUGAUUUAGAGGAAGCGAAGAGGGUUGCAAAGGAGACUGUUAUCUCCAACUACCACAGCUGUGGAACAUGCGCGAUGAUGCCAAAGGAAGAGGGUGGAGUUGUCAACGAGAAACUGAUUGUCCAUGGGACACGAAAUUUGCGGAUUGUGGAUGCGAGCGUCUUCCCGUUGAUACCGAGGGGAAACAUUCAGUCCAGCGUCUAUGCCGUCGCCGAGAAAGCUGCCGACAUGAUAAGAAAAGACAAUGCUUGAUGAAGAGUAGAAGUAAGCGUUUUGUUCAAAGAGAUAGCUAGGCGCUGAGUAAUCAAAGUUCACG